CGCAGGCGCACUCUUCCACUGUGGUUCGUCCUCUGCAGUCGGUGAGUGUGUAAUGGCAGCUUGAGUUUCUCUGCAAAUCCCUCUUCAUCCUCUCUUGUAGCGUCGCGCUGCAGUGUGCAAACAGUCCCGGGCUUCUUCCAGAAAUCUACCCCAAAGUAGAAAAUGUACGCCUGCGCAAAGUUCGUUUCCACGCCGGCUCUGGUCCGUGCUGGUUCCCGGGCUCUUUACAGACCCCUGUCUGCCUCUGUCCUGUCCAGGCCUGAAGCCAAUACAGAGAGCACUCUUGCUGUGAUGCCCCAAAGCCCCCUCAGCCAGGUCACACUGAGAGGCUUCCAGACCAGUGCUGUCAGCAGGGACAUCGACACUGCUGCUAAGUUCAUUGGUGCUGGCGCUGCCACAGUCGGAGUCGCUGGAUCUGGUGCUGGAAUCGGAACAGUGUUUGGUAGUCUCAUCAUUGGCUAUGCCAGGAACCCAUCCUUGAAGCAGCAGCUGUUCUCAUAUGCCAUCCUGGGAUUUGCCCUGUCUGAAGCUAUGGGACUGUUCUGUUUGAUGGUCGCUUUCCUUAUCCUGUUUGCUAUGUAAAACUGCCCUCACACUUUCAUUACAGAUGUGACUACAUGUUUAUUGUGGCUACCAAAAUUGUUCGGUGUUGGUGUCAUGGAAAUGUACAUUUUUCAAGUCUUUCAGACACUGUCAAAAUAAGCAAAACAUGUAUUGUACAAAUAUAAGAAUUUAUGUGAUUAAAAUACAUGUAUUUGACUAUUUAA